AUGUUUGGUGGAGUACGUCUAUUCAAAUAUGCUAGUUGCAAGAGUAGCAGCAUCAAUAGCAGCAGAUAUCUCUACAACAAUGUAUCAAUUACAACAUCACUCAAUCAGAGUGUAGCCAGACUCUACAGCACUGUCAACAACAACACUGCACCACUACCCAAGAUGAGGAACAUCCUCAAGCAGUUCUACCUACUAGUUCAUCCAGACACAUUGACCCAUCAUCCAGAGGAGAAGAAAGUCAACUCUCACAACAUGAAGAUUAUAAUGGGAGUGAUUGAUCAGUUCAAGAAGAGACCAAUGCCAGAUCCAAAUACUCAACCUAUAUCACAUGCUUUGACAUUCUUCAUUCCAGAGAAGGAUGUACUAAAGGCUACAACACAGCCAUUGCGUCGCGUUGAUAUUGAGGUCAUUGAGAACUCGCGCAACCCUAAUCACGUGCCCGAUCAGCUGGCACUGCUCUUUGGUCAAUGUGAGCUGCCGACGCGCUUCAUCACCGAGAUCAAUCAGGUCGACAACUUCAAGCAGCCCAAGAUCAACGGCUCCAUCAAGGAUUUCUUGCUGGACAACCGCCAGUUUGCGCGUCAGAUGAGCACGGAUGCGCAGAAGGAGCGCCGCGACCUCGAGGGCAUGCUGAGGAAGCUACGUCGCGAGCUCGAGGUCAACGUCACGAUGAACGUCGACCCCGUCGAAUCGACCUUCACCUUCCAGGAGAACUACACGGCGCUGCAGGACUUUGCCGAUAUCUACCAAGAGUGGAAGGCCGCGGUCAGCCCCGCGUACAAGCGUCUGGUCAGCUCGAUGCAGUUCAACCUCAACUACUCUGAGACCAACUACACGUCGAACGACCCAACCGUCUACCUGGACCGCGCGUCCCCGGAGUCGUGGAAGGGAUACCUGUCGCGCAUGGAUCUUCGCGAGCUGGAGGACCAGGUGAAGCAGGAGCGCGAGGAGGGUCAGAAGAAGAUGGCCUCAUUCACCAAACACAAGAAGGAGUUUGAUAACAACUCAAGAGAGUUGACCAAGUUACUCAAAGUACGCGCAGUCAACUGGCGAUUCCACGACGAUCCCAGCGAUGACCCACACGCCCACCUUGGCCAGAAUGAUCAAAUGGAGCUCUGUGAGAGUUUCUCCGCCAUGCUCCUCAAGAACAAGGUGCAGAUACAAAAGAUAGUGCGAACAAACAAUUAUAGACUGAAUGGAUUGAAUAUUGGAAUAUCUCCAAACUUGAAGAAGGCAGACUAUUACAUUGACAUGGAUGGAACAUUGAAGAUAUCGACAAGAUGCUCAGUCAAUCAGUUCAUGGAGAUCAUUGGCGCACACCACGAGGAGGCGCUAAAGGUGCAGAAGGAGAGUGAUCGCAUCGAGCAACUGCGUGACUAUGUCCAGGUGCGUCUUGGAUUGAAGGAGCUGACGACGAUCAACGCAUUCGUCUACGCCGAGGGCUACGACAAGGUGUUCAAGGCAUACCAAAAGCUGCACGAGGAGUCUGAGAAGCUCAGGAAUCUGGAGCUCAAUGGACUAUGUCUGAUCAUUGCCGACUAUUACAGUAUAUCAAGAGCUGGUGAGAUAUUCAUCAAGUGGGACUUCUCUGUGGAGGACUUUAUCGCUGCACUGUCUGCGCCCAAAGAGGAGGCAGCUGUUCCAGAGCAAUCAUCAUCACUGGAACAAGACGAUGGCACCGAGUCAUCGACCUCAAAGUCACAAGCCAUUUAA